AUGAGUUCAGAUAGAGCUGUUGCUGCAUUCGAUGGUCAAGCAAGUGAACGUGCCUGUAGGCGUAAACGAACUGUCAAGACAGAUUCGGAUUUCGACUUCACCGGUCCCAUGAAAAAGGCGCUCCGAUCUAGAGGUGUAGCUAACAAAGCAAAAUCUUCAAAUGGCUCAUCCAGCUCUAAGUUCAGAUCGAGGCGGUCCAUUUUUAAAACAAGUCCCACUAAACUUGCUCCUCCACGAGCCUUUGUUCGCCUCGAAUCACGUAUUUUACACAAGGGUAAAUGGCUUCAAAUUGGCGAUAUAGUUUCGGUUAUGGAUGUCGACGGUGGAGAGUAUUACGCUCAAGUGCGGAGUAUCAUAGUUGAUAGCUUCGAAGAUGCCUCAGUUGUGCUAACCUGGCUUGUACCAACCUCUGAGGCAACAAGGGGAGAAUUUGAUCCAACGAAAUAUGUAAUAGGAAUGGAAGAAGAACUUCCUCGCAGCAUAAACUGUGUGAGUUUCCUAUGCCACUGUCCCUCGGAUUAUUUCAGACCAACAGACUCCCCUUACACAUUACAAUCGUGGAACCCUCAUAUUCCCUCUUCCACAAAGUGA